AUGAACGAAACAGAACAUGAUGAACGUGCGUCCCAGACUAGUUCGAAGACCACACAUUCAUCUUCAUCAGUUACAAGUGAAGCGACCAAGGCCCGCGCAAGGGCAGAGGCAGCACACAUCCGUGCAUCGUUUGCCGAAAGAGAAGCAAGGUUAAAAGUUGAGAGUGCUGAAAGAGAUGCAAAAAUAAGAAUAGAAAAAGCAAAAUUGGAUGCAGAGUUGGGAGCUAUGAGUCUUCAUAGAGAGGCGGCGGCAGCUAUGGCAGAGGCUGAAGCUUUUGAGACAGCCGAAGAAUACAGAAGAGCCCCUAGUAGCAAAAACAGCGUAUCGUUUAAACGGCAAGACGUCGCUGAACGCACUAGCAAUUAUGUGUUGCAACAAGCUGAGUUCCAUGCCAGUUACUCAUCCAUGCCCAACUUGGAACCAGCUUACGACAUGAUGCACGCUACAUCUGCCUGUCCAAGUCAAACUCUCGCUAAUCAUCCAACCCUACCCAACACCGAUCCAUCAAAAUUCCCUGAACGGAGCCCAAAACCACCGUCACCACUUCCCCAGCACAGACACAACAACGAUACCCCCAAGUCAUCGUGUGACGAACCCGUUCAAGACACCAAACCACAAAUCGUAUCUUCAGAAGAGCAAGGUCAAACUCCAGCUGUGAAUGACUUUGCUAAGUACUUGGCACGACGUGAGCUGGUUAACACAGGGCUCACACAGUACGACGACCGGCCUGAGAGCUUCCGAGCAUGGAAGUCGUCAUUCACUAACGCUACAAACGGUCUAGGCCUCACAGCCAGUGAAGAAUUGGAUCUCCUGAUGAAGUGGCUUGGAAAGGAGUCAUCACAGCAUGCCAAACGACUCCGUGCUGUACACAUCAACGAUCCAACGGCAGCAUUGAAAAAGGUUUGGGAAAGGCUAAGACAGUGUUACGCUUCAUCAGAAGUCAUCGAAAGUGCGCUGUUCAAGAAACUGGACAACUUCCCCAGAAUCUACAGCAGAGAUUACAUAAAGCUGAGGGAACUCGGAGACCUCCUAAUGGAAGUCCAAUCUGCAAAAGAAGAUGGCUAUUUUCCCGGCCUUGCCUAUUUGGACACCGCCCGUGGUGUCAAUCCCAUUGUGGAGAAGUUGCCACACAACCUUCAGGAAAGGUGGAUUUCGAGGGGAUCUAAAUACAAGAACGAUCACAAUAUGUCCUUUCCCCCAUUCUCUAUCUUCAUGGAGUUCAUCUGCUACGAAGCGAAGGCCAGAAACGACCCUAGUUUUUCCUUCACCAUUAACACUACUGGCCCAAAUAGAAGUGACCGACCUCCAUUCCGAAACAACAGACCUCCAGUAACCGUUAAUAAGACUGAUGUUUCCAUGGUAACCAGCACAGAUAUCACCGCAGAGAAGGAAGGUGAUCCAAAUAAGUACUGCCCUCUACAUCAAAAACCACACCCCCUCAGGAAGUGCAGAGGUUUCAGAGCCAAAUCAUUGGAUGAGCGAAAGGCCUUUCUAAGAGAGAAAGGAAUCUGUUUCAAUUGCUGUGCAUCCUCAUCCCAUCCCUCAAGAGACUGCAAGUUCACAAUCAAAUGCUUUGAAUGUGAGAGUGACCACCAUACCACAGCUAUGCACCCGGGGCCUGCCCCCUGGUUGUUGAAGACUUCCUACCCUACACCACAGCACGGCGGGGAGGAAGUCAUCAAGCCUACCAUCCCACCUGCAGUCAACUCUCAAUGCACUGAAGUUUGUGGCAAAGGUCUGACAUCACGAUCCUGCUCUAAAAUAUGCCUGGUGAAAGUAUGUCCACACAACCGCCCCAAAGAUGCAGUCACAAUGUACGCUAUGCUCGACGAUCAGAGCAACCGGUCACUGGCAAGGUCAGAAUUAUUUGAUAUCUUCAACAUUCAAGGAAGCCAAUCGCCAUACUCUCUAAGAACCUGUGCAGGAGUCGCAGAAAUGCGAGGGAGGAAGACUGACGGUUUCCAGAUCCAAGCAGCAAAUGGAAGAGUUAGUCUGAAUCUCCCUCCACUCAUCGAGUGCAACGAAAUCCUAAACAACAGGGCUGAGAUCCCAACGCCCGAGGCAGCCCUUCAUCACCCUCAUCUGAAGUCUGUAGCAGCCCAAAUCCCAGAACUUGACCCGAAUGCUAAAAUUCUGCUAUUGCUUGGGAGAGACAUCCUCAGAGUACAUAAAGUAAGACAGCAGAUCAAUGGACCACACAACGCCCCCUUCGCCCAACAACUCGAUCUAGGCUGGGUUCUUAUCGGUGAAGUUUGCCUUGGAGACGCACACAAGCCCCACAUAAACAGCUUCAAAACCCACCUGCUGGACAGCGGAUGUCCAUCACUUCUCACUCCAUGCACAAGCCACUUCAACAUCAAAGAAAAGAUGAGUUAUGACGGAGGGCAACGCUAUGGUUUGUCCAUCGAUGGAAGCCCGGCCAAGAGAACAGCCUUUGACAAGCUCGGUAACGAGGUGUUCCAGAGGACCCCUGAUGACAACAAAACCGCUCUCUCCAUCGAAGAUACAAAGUUUCUCAAGAUCAUGGAUGAUGAAGUUUACAAAGACGACACUAACAGCUGGGUGGCUCCUCUCCCCUUCAAAACACCCAGACGUCCUCUCCCUAACAACCGGGAACAUGCAAUCACACGUCUGCACUCCUUGCGAUGGAGCUUGGACAAGAAACCAGAGAUGAAAGAUCAAUUCAUCGCAUUCAUGGACAAGAUGUUCCGGAACCAUCACGCUGAGGUUGCACCCCAACUGAAGAGCACAGAGGAGCGAUGGUACCUGCCGACCUUUGGAGUUUAUCACCCUCAGAAGCCAGACCAAAUCAGGGUCGUCUUUGACUCCAGUGCGCAACAGGACGGCAUCUCACUUAACAACGUGAUGCUCACCGGUCCAGACCUGAAUAACAGCCUCCUUGGAGUUUUGAUACGCUUCAGGAAGGAACCUGUAGCAAUCGUCGCAGACAUUCAGCAGAUGUUCUACUGCUUUGGUGUGAGAGAGGACCAUAGAGACCAUUUGCGAUUCCUCUGGUACAGAGACAACGACUUGACGAAAGACAUCAUCGACUACAGGAUGACAGUUCAUGUUUUUGGUAACAGCCCAUCUCCUGCUGUCGCCAUAUACGGUCUCAGACGAGCUGCCCAAGAAGGAGAAAGCGACCACAGUGCAGACACACGAGAAUUCGUAGAAAGACAUUUCUAUGUCGACGAUGGACUUACGUCUCUUCCCACUCCCAUUGAGGCAAUCGAUCUAUUGCAGAGGACCCGAGCAUCACUUGCAGAAUCAAACCUACGAUUGCACAAGAUCGCUUCAAACAACGCCGCAGUGAUGGCAGCCUUUCCACCAGAGGACCAUGCCAAAGGUAUGAAAGAUUUGGGCCUCGGUGGCGAAAGCGGAGUCGUACAACGCAGCCUAGGUUUAUGCUGGGAAAUCACUAUGGACACAUUCACAUUCAGGGUGACGACCGACGACAAGCCAUUUACUCGCCGUGGAGUACUGUCAAUGGUAAAUAGCCUUUACGACCCUCUCGGCCUGGUAGCCCCGGUAACCAUACAAGGCAGAGCCCUACUUCGUGAACUCACAACCAAUGCUUGCCACUGGGACACACCUCUCCCCAAAGACAGCCUGAAAGAAUGGGAGAUGUGGAGAGAUUCGCUUCAGGAUCUGAAGGAGCUUCAUAUCCCUCGCACAUACGCCAUGAAGUCUCUCACCAAGGUACGGCAAACCGAGUUGUGUGUGUUCUCAGAUGCGUCCACCAGAGCCAUUGGUGCAGUAGCUUAUCUCCGAACCCUUGACGAAAACGGACAGACCGCAGUGGGAUUCGUCCUCGGAAAAGCUAAGCUAGCCCCUCUGUCCGAACCUACCAUACCUCGACUGGAACUAUGUGCUGCAGUGCUAGCAGUAGAGAUGGCAGAGCUCAUCCUAGACGAAAUAGACCUCAAAAUUGAUGCGGUGAAAUUCUACUGUGACAGUAAAGUUGUACUAGGUUACAUUAACAACGAAUCCAAGCGAUUUUACGUAUACGUACACAACAGAGUCGAGCGUAUACGUCAGUCAACAAAGCCAGAUCAGUGGCACUACGUGCCUACAGAGCACAAUCCAGCAGACCACGCUUCACGGGGAAUUCCAGCUUCCCAGCUCGCAAGUACAUCAUGGUUCACUGGACCGCCAUUUCUCUUCAAGCUGAACCAAUCUCCUUCAGAGAAAUCGAACCCCUUCGAGCUAGUUGAUCCAGAGCUAGAUGUAGAAAUCCGUCCCCAGGUGACAAGUUUCGCUACCCAGACGAAAAUGACAACACUUACACCCAAACGCUUUCAACGUUUCUCGACGUGGAACUCACUCCUGAGAGCAGUUACUUUCCUCAUCCAUGUCGUUCGUUCCCGCAAGAUGGACCCAGCAAGUCAGUCAACUAAAUGCAGUGGACAGCACAAGCCAUAUACUCCAGACGAGCUGGCUCAAGCAAAAGAUGUUAUCAUCAAGUCAGUCCAGAGAGAGUUCUACUCAGGGGAGUUUACAAACCUUGACCAGAAGAAAGAUGUUCCCAAGAACAGUUCUCUCACAAAGCUGAAUCCUGUUUUGGAAGAGGGCUUCAUCAGAGUGGGAGGUCGUCUCAAACAUGCACAGCUAGACCGUGACGAGAAGAACCCAAUUAUUUUGCCAGGUAACCACCACGUUUGCACACUGCUAGUACGCCACUACCACGAGCAGGUGAAACACCAAGGUCGCCAUUUUACGGAAGGGACCAUCAGAGCAUCCGGCCUAUGGAUUGUCGGUGGUAAGAGACUCAUAAACUCAGUCCUACAUAAGUGCGUCAUAUGCAAGAAGCUCCGUGGGAAGUUGGAAGAACAGAAGAUGGCGGACCUGCCACCUGAGCGACUCAAUACAUCUCCACCAUUCACAUACGUUGGUUUAGACGUUUUUGGUCCAUGGGCAGUCAUCGCACGACGCACAAGAGGAGGUCACGCUGAAAGCAAACGCUGGGCAAUGUUGUUCACUUGCAUGAGCACGAGAGCCAUUCACAUUGAAGUCCUAGAGUCCAUGGACACGUCAUGCUGCAUCAACGCACUCAGACGGUUUUUUGCUCUCCGCGGACCAGCGAAACAGCUUAGAUCCGACUGCGGAACCAACUUCGUUGGAGCCUGCAAUGAGCUGAAACUUGGAAAGGAACAACAACAGGAGACAAGAAUGCAGCGCUACCUGAGUGAACAAGGCUGCACAUGGGAGUUCAACCCACCUCACUCGUCACACAUGGGAGGUGUUUGGGAGCGCAUGAUUGGAGUAGCUCGGAGAGUCCUCGACUCCAUUCUAUUACAGAGCAAAUCCUCUCACCUCUCGCAUGAAGUACUGUGCACCUUCUUGGCCGAAGUUACAGCGAUCGUCAAUGCUCGACCUCUUAUCCCAGUCUCCAACGAUCCUGAAUUGCCAUUCAUCUUGACACCUGCUACGCUGCUUACCCAGAAGGUUGGUGCUCCUGCUCCCUUGGGAGAAUUCACCGACAAGGACCUGUUCAAGAGCCAGUGGAGGCAGGUUCAGAGUCUCGCCAGUAAGUUCUGGACCCGAUGGAAACGCGAAUACCUGCCUACCCUACAGAGCCGUACGAAGUGGACGGAAACCCAUCGUAACCUGCAAGAGGGAGAUCUUGUGCUCUUGAAAGACAAGCAAGUCGUCCGCAAUGAGUGGCCACUGGCUCGAGUUACUUCUGCUUUUGUGAGCGAUGACGGAAAGGUCCGCAAGAUAGAAGUCAAGGUCUCGUCCAACGACACCGUCAAGAAGUUCACGAGGCCCAUCUCAGAAGUCGUACUUCUACUACCAAAAGAGGACUGAACAUUACGUUUAUUUUGUAUUAUGCCAUACUAAAGAUGCCAGACGGGGAGUAUUCUGGAUCCAUCUAUCCGUUUUUUAAAUUGCGCCCUCUAUUGGCAACAAGUUCUUUCAUUCAACGAAUCACGUUUUAUCAAUUUUCCGUCAAAAGUUUGUUCCGACAUUUUCACACUUUGUGACUAGUUUAAUCCAUCCCAAUCUACUGCCUUCUCAGAUAACGCCUACGAGAAGCAUUGCCUUUUUACUCCUUGUUCAUCACUGACGUCAUAUACCCCCAGCUUGAAUAAAUCACUACAGGAGCUUGGAGGCUAUUUCCUGACUCUCAUGUCGAUUAUUAAUGGAGUUUGGCUGGCUGUCUAAUUUUGGUUUCAAACACC